AUGACCACCAUGCAAAAGCUGCUGCUGCAGCUGCCGGUGAACGCCGCCAACAUCGUGAAGACGGUGCAGAGUCAGGUCCAAGGCCAGGAGGAAGACAAGAGCCCCGUCCUGACCCCCGACGGCGCGCAGCAGGCUUGGUACAGCGCGCUCCAGCCAGACGAGCUUCGCCACCUGCGAUCCGGAGGCACAGGUGGAGGAGGUGGAGGAGGAGGAGGAGGAGGAGACCAGGAGGACCGAGGCCAGCUAGAGGAAGGUGGUGGUGGUGGUGGAGGUGGCAGUUUCCAAACUCAACCCCUGCGACACGACGACUUGAAAGAGAUGCUGGACAGCAACAAGGACUCCCUGAAGCUGGAGGCAAUGAAACGGAUCGUGGCUAUGAUCGCCCGUGGCAAGAACGCAUCAGAUCUCUUCCCGGCCGUGGUGAAAAACGUGGCCUGUAAAAACAUCGAGGUGAAGAAGCUGGUUUAUGUGUACUUGGUGCGUUACGCCGAGGAGCAGCAAGAUCUGGCUCUACUCUCCAUUUCCACAUUUCAGCGUGGGUUGAAGGAUCCGAACCAGCUGAUCAGAGCCAGCGCCCUGCGAGUCCUCUCCAGCAUAAGAGUUACAAUCAUCGUCCCUAUCAUGAUGCUGGCCAUCAAAGAAGCUGCUUCAGACAUGUCUCCGUACGUUAGGAAGACAGCCGCACACGCAAUCCCCAAACUGUACAGUUUGGACCCCGAACAAAAAGACCAGCUGAUAGAAGUCAUCGAGAAACUCCUCGCAGACAAAACCACGUUGGUGGCGGGAAGCGUCGUCAUGGCCUUCGAGGAAGUGUGUCCGGAGCGCAUCGACCUGAUCCACAAGAACUACAGGAAGUUGUGCAAUCUCCUGAUUGACGUGGAGGAGUGGGGACAGGUUGUCAUCAUCAACAUGCUGACACGCUACGCCAGGACCCAGUUUCUCAAUCCAAACAUUAAUGAGUCCCUGCUGGAGGAGGGAGGAGGCGGGGACAAGACCUUUUACGGCUCAGAUGAAGAAGAAGAUGAAGAUGAGGAGGAGAAGGAGAAAAAGGCCGAGGUAGCCGCCAUGGCCAAGAGGAAGCCGUAUGUGAUGGAUCCCGACCACCGGCUGCUUCUUAGGAACACCAAGCCGCUCCUACAGAGCCGCAAUGCAGCUGUUGUGAUGGCUGUGGCGCAGUUGUAUUUUCACCUUGCCCCUAAAGCAGAGAUUGGUGUGAUUGCCAAAGCCUUGGUUCGUCUCCUUAGGAGCCACAGCGAAGUUCAGUACGUUGUCCUUCAGAACGUCGCAACAAUGACAAUUAAAAGACGGGGCAUGUUUGAACCAUACCUUAAGAGCUUCUACAUUCGCUCCACAGACCCAACCCAAAUCAAAAUUCUAAAGCUGGAGGUUCUCACCAAUUUAGCCAAUGAAACAAACAUUUCCACUAUUCUCAGAGAAUUCCAGACAUAUAUAAAAAGCAUGGAUAAAGAUUUUGUGGCAGCUACAAUACAAGCAAUUGGUCGAUGUGCUACAAACAUCGGGGAAGUGAGGGAUACAUGUUUGAAUGGUCUGGUGCAGCUGUUGUCUAAUCGUGAUGAGCUGGUUGUUGCAGAGUCAGUGGUGGUCAUCAAAAAGCUGUUGCAGAUGCAGCCAGAGAAGCACAGUGACAUCAUCAAGCAUAUGGCCAAACUGACCGACAACAUUCAGGUGCCGAUGGCCCGGGCCAGUAUCUUGUGGCUGAUUGGAGAAUACUGUGAGCACGUGCCUAAGAUUGCCCCAGAUGUUCUGAGGAAAAUGGCUAAGUCGUUCACCAAUGAGGAGGACAUCGUCAAGCUGCAAAUCAUCAACUUGGCCGCCAAGCUAUAUCUCACCAACUCCAAACAGACUAAACUUUUGACGCAGUACGUUCUUAACUUGGCCAAAUAUGACCAGAACUAUGACAUCCGUGAUCGGGCCCGCUUCAUUCGCCAGCUCAUUGUGCCUACGGAGAAAAGCGGAGCCCUUAGCAAGUACGCAAAGAAGCUGUUCCUCGCCCUCAAACCCGCACCUGUCCUUGAGUCUCCAUUCAAAGAUCGAGACCACUUCCAGUUGGGUUCUUUGUCCCACCUGCUCAAUGCCAAGGCUGGGGGCUACCAGGAGUUGCCCGACUGGCCUGAAGCAGCCCCCGACCCCUCCGUGCGCAACGUGGAGGUGAAGGAGUCUGUGCCCGAAUGGACCAAAUGCAGCAGCCGCGAGAAGAGGAAGGAGAAGAAAGUGGAGAAGCCUUUCUACUCCGACUCAGAGGGCGAGUCCGGGCCCACAGAGUCUGCAGACAGUGAGUCGGAUUCCAGCAGCGGUUCUGAGAGCGGCAGUGAGGAGAGCGGGUCAGCCUCGGAGAGUGAAGAGAGCGGGUCAGGCUCAGAGUCUGAGGACGAGGAUGAGGAAGACGAAGAGGAGAAGGAAAUGGAGAAGAAGAAAAAGAAGAAGAGAGAAUUUAGGAAGCCAGUGCAAGAGAGUGCAAGUGAUCAGAGCAGCGAAGAGGAUAACAGGAAGCCAGAGAGGAAGAGUAAACCGCAAAAGAGUGAAUCAGAGUCGGAAUCUGAUGACGAGGAGAGCAUGUCUGAAAGCAGCCAGUCUGAGUCAGAGGAGUCCGUAUCUGAAGCCGAGGUCAAAAAGAAAAAGAAGGCAGCUGAAUCUAAACCUCCUCCCAAACCUGUAAAGAAAGAGAACAAGAAAGAGAAGAAAGAAAUGUCUCUGCUCGACCUUGACGAUUUCGAACCGUCUCCCUCUCCUCAAGUCACGCCCGUCAACAGCUUCCUGUCCAACAGCCUGGUGACCGACCUGGAGGGGCUGUCUUUGUCCGACAGUGUUCUCUCCCCAGCGACGAUCGCGCCCUCCAGCGCCCUGAAGAGCUACGAGCUCCUGCACCGCAUCACCGGGGAGGGCCUGUCGGUGGAGUACUGCUUCAGCCGGCAGCCCUUCAGCCCCGACGGCAACAUGGUGGCGGUGCAGAUGCAGUUCACGAACAACUCCACCUCCGACACCAAGACCCUCCACAUGGAGGACGUGAAGCUCCAGUCGGGGAUGAGGGUCAAAGAGUUCCCAGAGAUAGAGUUGCUGCCAGCAGGUGAGACAGCGACAGCCGUGAUGGGCAUCGAUUUCUGUGACUCGACGCAGGCGGCCAACUUCCAGCUGUGCACGCACACCAAGAAAUUCUUCGUGUCCAUCCAGCCGCCGGUCGGGGAGCUGAUGAGGCCGGUCUUCCUGACGGAGAACGAGUUUAAAAAGGAGCAAGGUCAGCUGAUGGGCAUGAACGAGAUCUCAGAGAAGCUAACUCUGGACGUCAAGUGCCGGAAUGAGCACGCCAUCGUGCAGAGGGUGACCACGGCCGCCCACCUCAGCAGGGUGCCCUGCGGGUCAGACAAAGAGUGCAGGUUUGCCGGCAGGACGGUAACCAGCAGCAGCUUGGUGCUGGUCACUGUGGCGACCAAAGAGGAGGGCGCUGCCCAGCUGACGGUCAACUGCGAGAAAAUGUUGAUCGGUACGAUGCUGGUGAAGGACAUCUCCUUGGCUCUAACGCAGUGACUCGGCUUUGAACUACGCCCCCUCCCCGUCGCUCACCGUCCCAUCGCCUCCAAAAUGUCUCAGAAAGAAAGCUUCCAGAAUGGUUUUGUGUUUUAAGUGCUCUAAACUCUCAGAAAUAACUCCUAGACUUACUAAACAAGGAGCUAAAAUAUUUUAUGCCACUAUUUAUGAAUGCUUAAUCUGCAACAAAUCCUCCCUCUUUGAAAAACUGAUUUAUUUAUUUAUUUCUUUUAAGCCAUAACGGUGAUUUGUUUUCAGGGAGUUUUUAUAUUUCAUGAACAGGUUGAUGAAAAAAACUGAUGGAGAAAUAUUCAGCUCAUUAUUGACCAACUUUGAAGCUGUUUUAAGAAUAUUUCAAAUAGGUGUGACAAGUAAAAUACAUUAAUCACAGUAUCCCAUUAGAUGGAUAGAAACAAACUAAAACAGGUUAAAUGAAGAGCAUAUUUAAUUAGAAAUAUGAGUCAUUCAAGGUUUCUGGGCAGCUUGACAAAUUGUUAGGCCCAAAAUAUUACUUUAGGCCAUCUUAUCUGCUGGAUUCUCUUCUUGUACUCCGUAUUUCCUUUCGUUCAAAGUGCACAUUUUUAUCACAGAAACUGGAACACUAAGGAUGUGAAAAUAUUGCAACACGUGCUGUUGCACCGGAGUGGUGAUAAAUACAUUUCUCAGUCCUUUUUUUCACUUUAGUUUAAAUUUUUAUAUGCACACAAUGAUUACAGUCUAAAAGUUCCAUUCAGUUUUUGUUUAGAGAUAAAUUCUUUCUAAAGAUUGUUAAAAAACCCAGUUAUUGGAUGUCAGAAAACCAACUAAACCAAAACAUGUUAACCUUUGGUAAAUGCAUUUGAUUUAAACUGUUUACAUAACAGGGUAAUUCAUUCUAACAGAUAUUUAGCUGAGCUUUCGACAACUAGCUUGACUCUGUCCCGAAAUUACACUUUUUAUUUUUAUAAAGCCUUUUCAUAAUAUCUGAUGUUGCAAACAUGAGCAUUAGAUGAGCUGAAAGACAGACUUUGUUACAUGCUGAGUCAAACUAACCAUUUUCCUGUGUUUUCCCUUUAGUUUUGAAUUGUAAAACAAACUAGUAAAGAAAAAAUAUUUUCCAAAAAGGUAUUUAUCUGUAAUGGUAAUUUCACUUUACACUGAUGUCAAAUAUCCCAGGACAUACAUUUAACACAUUUUUACUUAAGUUAAUUAAUUGAAAAAAUAUAUCCUUAUUUUGGCAUCUCUUCAAACUUGUGAAUGGAAAAUUUUUUCAAUCUUUUCCUUUAAAAAAAAAAAUGGAUCAGUUGUAUUUUUUCUGAACUUUAUUUCAGAUGUUUUUUUUUUUUUCACCUGAUGAAAAUGUAGCAGUUAGGAUCAUCAAAAAGCAUGUGACUGUGAGACUCAAGCAGCAGCUGAUAGGGUGUUGGUACGUCUGCCAUUUAACCUGAAACUGUCAGUGCGGCACAAUCAUAGUGAGGGAUGCAAAGACUAAAGAAUCAUUCAUUAAAAAAAGAGCCCGCUUUCACAGAAACAUCUGUGCAGAACACAAUCCACGUGUGGUCAUUCUACCUUAUCUGCAUCGGCUUCCCAAUAUCCAAAGUACAGUUUAUCAUGCCCUGUGUGUGGUUGUGAAAUGUAAUCCCGAGGUAUUUCAAGUUUAUUUAUUGUACAAAUAAAAGUAUGAAUAAAACCUGUUUGUAUCCUCUUUUAUCAUUUCCUCUACAACAUAAAA